AUGCCUGCCCCUGGUGUCUGUCUGAACAUAAUUGAAGCUCGUCAAAAACAAAAUGGAUAUGGAAGUGUGUCACUCCCGAGCCAGUUCAACAAACAGGACUACAAUCAACUGAAACAACACUGUCUGAAAAACAAUGUCAGGUUUGUGGACAAGACCUUCCCCCCUGACCUGCACACUAUUGGUCAGGGGGUACUUAAUCCAGAUGUCCUGCGGCGAGUGGAAUGGCAUAGACCUACAGUAAUGUGUCCUAACCCAAGUCUAAUUGUAGAUGGGUUUUCUCGGUUUGACUUUGGACAAGGAAUAUUAGGUAACUGCUGGUUUCUUGCUGCUAUUGGAUCACUGACAUUUCAAGAUCAGAUAUUUAAGCAGGUGGUCCCACUGGAACAGAGCUUUGACAAUGACUACUGUGGAAUCUUUCAUUUUAGGUUCUGGAGGUUUGGCAGAUGGAUAGAUGUGGUGAUUGAUGACAAACUACCCACACUGAACGGAAGACUGAUCUUUGUGCAUUCUAAAUGUGUAAAUGAGUUCUGGCCAGCUUUGCUGGAGAAAGCCUAUGCCAAGGUGUGUGGUUCAUAUGCUGACAUGAAGGCGGGGAUCCCUGCUGAAGCCCUGGUGGAUUUCACUGGAGGUGUUCACUUGUGUUUCCAGCUCUCUGAGCCCCCUCCAGACCUGUGGGAGCUCAUGUGCCGAGCAGGCAAAUACACAUCACUAAUGAGCUGUGGCACAGCGCCAGGGGAGAACAAAGUUCUGCCCACUGGACUGGUCCAAGGACAUGCCUAUUCUGUAACUGGAGUAAAACAGGUCCAAAGCCAAGGAAAACCAGUCCAGCUUGUGCGUUUGUGGAACCCCUGGGGAAGAGUGGAGUGGAAUGGAGACUGGAGUGAUCUGUCUCCACUGUGGAGGACUGUGAGCUCCCAGGACCGUGACCUCUGCCAUUUAGUGGCUGAUAAUGGGGAAUUUUGGAUGACCUUCCAGGAGUUCUGUCGGUUGUACACUGACCUGGACAUCUGCUCUCCAAGCCCAGCAUUCCUGGAUGGUUGUCCAUCCAGUCACUGGACCAGCCAGAUGUAUGAGAGCAAAUGGGUGGCCGGGACCACGGCAGGUGGAUGCAGAAACUAUAAAGAGACAUUUUGGACUAAUCCUCAGUACCAUGUCAAGGUUGACAAAGACAAGAAUUUGAAAGGUGAUGAGAAGAACAUCCUGGUGUCUCUAAUGCAGGUGCCUGACAAAAGAAACAGACGCCGUGUCCAGAACUUCCACAUUGGAUUUUCAGUAUUUGAGGUAUUUACUAUAAUAUGUUCAAUAAGAGGAAAGCUGCCUGCCUCCUUUUUCAACAGUAAAGCUCCGAUUUUUCAAACAAUGACAUUUAUGAAUGCACGAGAGGUCAUGGAGUUAUUUUCACUGAAGCCUGGAGAAUAUGUCAUUGUACCCUCAACAUUCAAACCCGAUGAAACUGCCUCCUUCAUGCUGACCAUUUGCUCCAAAGCACAAAUCCACAGCUGUGAGAAUUCCACAGAUUUUCAAAAUGAAGAGAUUCAAAAGGUCAAGGUUGUCCGUGACGCACAUGAAAUUGAAAACUGGAAACAAAUAUUCCACCAGUACGCUGAUAAGGAUGGAGAAGUAGAUGCUGAACAACUCCAGAAACUUCUAAAUGCUAAAAUAUUUGAUGGAAAUAUUAAACCUGGGAGUUUCAGCAUUGAGGCCUGUCGCAGCAUGGUGGCACUCAUGGAUACAUCGAUCACGGGCAAGUUAAACAGUGAAGAAUUUAUUAGAUUGUGGAAAAAGGCUACACAAUACAAAGAAAUUUUCUUUCAAAUGGAUGUAUCAAAAACUGGAACAUUGUCGCUGAGUGAGCUGAGGAAUGCUAUGGUGGUAUCAGGUACAAAGGUGAGUGACAGCAUGCUUAACCUGAUGGCUGUGCGUUAUGGUGCCUCCUCCGGUCACAUGAGCCUUGAGAGCUUCAUAAUCUUAAGCCUCCGACUCCAGUGCAUGUCCAAAAUCUACCAUAAGCUGUGUCACGGGGAUGUGAUGGUUCUUGGUGAAUCUGAACACAGUACCAUGCCGCUAUCAGGUGUAUGCCAGAGCAUCUUAAAUGCAAGGCACUCUAAAAAUGGCUAUGGAAGCCUGGAUACCCCUGAGAAGUUCCUCAACCAGGAUUAUCAGCAGCUCAAGCAGUACUGCCUGAUCAGGAUGGUCCGCUACAUCGAUGACAUGUUUCCCCCAGACAGGAGAUCCAUCGGACCCACCAUCCUUAACUCUGCAGACCUGACCAAAGUGCAGUGGCUCAGACCUCAAAAAAUUGUUCCAAAUCCAUCUUUUAUUGUUGAUGGAAUCUCCAGGUUUGACUUUGGCCAAGGCAUACUGGGGAAUUGCUGGUUUCUGGCAUCCAUUGGAGCGCUGACAUUCCAGAAGAACAUCCUGGCUCAGGUUAUCCCAGAUCAGACAUUUGAUGAGGACUACUGCGGUCUGUUCCACUUCAGGUUUUGGAGAUUUGGGCGGUGGGUGGAUGUUGUUAUUGAUGACAAACUCCCCACAAUCAAUGGCAGACUUAUCUUUGUCCACUCCAAAGACCCCACAGAGUUCUGGCCCGCUUUGUUAGAAAAAGCCUAUGCUAAAGUGUGCGGCUCCUACUCAGACAUGAAUGCAGGGACCCCGGCUGAGGCUCUGGUGGAUUUCACUGGUGGAGUUCACAUGUGUGUGCAGCUGUCCAAUCCUCCUCCAAACCUGUGGGAGCUCAUGUGCCGUGCGGGAAAGUCCAAGUCUCUGAUGGGAUGUGGCACUCCACCAGGGGCAACAUCUGAGAACACGGUCCUGCCAAAUGGACUGGUGGAGGGACAUGCCUAUGCGGUGACAGGGGUCAGAGAGAUGAUGAUCCGGAAGCAGCUUGUGAAGCUGGUACGUUUGUGGAACCCUUGGGGCACAGGAGAAUGGAAAGGAGACUGGAGUGAUCAGUCAUCUCUCUGGCAAAUGGUGAGCCCUCAAGACCGUGACAUGUGCCUUGCUGUAAUUGAUGAUGGAGAGUUUUGGAUGACUUUGGAGGACUUCUGUAGGUUCUACUCAGACCUGGACAUCUGCUGCCUGUGUCCAGACUUUCUGGAUGGGAGCUCCUCUUGUCAUUGGAAAAGUUCCUUCUAUGAGGGUCGAUGGGUCGCAGGCACCACUGCAGGAGGGUGCAUGAACAACAGAGAUAGCUUCUGGACAAAUCCACAGUAUCGUGUGAAGAUUGAGGGGCUGUCUGACAAAUGUGCUGCAAACCAAGGAGAAAAGAAUAUGCUGGUUUCACUCAUGCAAAAACCUGAUAAAAGGAACAGGCGACUUGUAAAAAACCUACACAUUGGAUUCAGCAUUUUUGCAGUGCCCGAUGCAGAGUAACUAUUCAUAAAAAGAUAAUCCACAAAAAUAUCACUAAAUGUCUUCUCUUUGAUGUUCUAGUACAUGGGAGUUGAAGGGAAGUUUCCAGGUUCUUUCUUCACCACAAACAAACCAGUGGCUCAGACCAAAACAUACAUGAAUGCUCGAGAGGUGAUGGAGUUUGUGAUGCUAAUGCCUGGAGAGUACCUCAUUGUACCGUCUACAUUUAACCCCAAUGAGACUGCUUCUUUUCUGCUGACCAUCGUCUCCAAGGCCGAGACCCACGUCCAUGAAAGCUCCAAUAGCCACAAUCACAAUCAUGUGGAGGGUGAAGAGCAUUCAGAACGUGGAACAAUUGACGAAAACAAGAGAACAAUAUUCCGACAGUUUUCUGACCAGUAUGAGGAGGUGGACGCAGAGCACCUCCAGAUGCUUCUGAAUGAAAACAUCCUCAAAGGAGACUUGAAAUCUGGGGGCUUCAGUGUGGAUGCCUGUCGCAGCAUGGUCGCUCUCUUGGAUACAUCUAUAACUGGUAAACUGAAUAGUGAGGAAUUUGUUUGUUUAUGGAGGAAAAUCACUACAUUCAAGGACAUUUUCUACCGCACUGAUGUUUCAAGGACUGGGACCUUGUCUAUGAGUGAGCUGAGGAAUGCUGUCACGGCUAUAGGAGUGAGGGUGAGUGAUGACAUGCUCAACCUGUUGGCCGUGCGCUAUGGAGCCUCUACGGGUCACAUGAGUCUGGAAAAUUUCAUCAGCCUGGCCCUUCGUUACGAGUGCAUGUCCAAAAUUUUCAGUAAGUUGUGCAAUGGGAUGACAAUGACACUCCGAGAGUCAGAGUGGCUGUAUGUCUCCAUGUACACAUAAUGGGCAUACUUUCUUUGUGGUGAAUUCCAUAACGCAGCUAUACCUUGCAGUUUGCCUGGAGCCGUGAUCAUAAACCACAAACGCAAAAAGGCCCUGCAGAAUGUGACAUGUUAUAACAUUUUUAACUAUAUGCUUUAAGCCAUAUUCUUUCUUUGGUACUAUGUCUUUAUAUGAGCCAGACACAUACCACACUUUAU